UUCACGAGCGAGAUGUUAGUACCGCCCCAGUCCUAGUGUAUGCUGUACCAAACAUAUGCUAAUGGUAAGAUGAACAUGUUGCUGUAAUUAGUGUUAUUCUUGGACAGAAGAGUUUCAAGUUUUUAAGUUGAUUAAGAACGGUUAGAAAAGGACCAAAAGAAAAGCGUAAUUUUGCUCCCAUUACCAACUAUUCUCAAGAUGAAAGCGCAUAAACUAGUAAGGUUGUAUGUUAUGACUGGCCUUACUGGGCUGUUUUUCGGAGCGGAGAUAGUGGCUAGCCACUUUACCAAAUCUUUAGUUUUGUUGGUAGAUUCUUAUCAUACGUUGUACAACGUCUUAUCCUUACUAUUACUAAUUAUUAGUUAUAAGAUGACCAAGGAAAGAACCCUGAAGAAUACGUUUGGGUGGGCUCGCGUGGAGGUGCUAGGAGUCCUGGUGAAUAUGUUAUUUUUGGUUGCUCUUUGUUUCUCUAUUUGUGUAGAAUCACUGCAGACAAUUGUUCACGCCUCUCACGAAAACACGCAACCUCGGUUUCCAUACGGUUUGUUAACCUUUGGUGUCGUUGGGUUGUUCCUAAACUGUGUCUGUAUGAUAUUAAUUGGAGGCUACACGCAGCAACAAAGUUGUUAUCUGAGCGUUCACGGAGACGACGUCCAGGUCAACCUGGUGUUGUGUACAGAUGAACACUCAAGCGAACCGAGACAAGUGGAACCCGAAGGUCGCACGAGCGAAUCUUUACCGUAUGUCCAGUCGUGCAGCUCAGAUAAAAAUGAAGUUAAACAACAUUCACGGAAUUUACGCCGAGUACUUGACUUUUUACGCGACUCGUGUAGUUGUGUUUUAGUUACAGUUGUGGCUUACUUUGUUCUUUACCUGGAUGGCCGAGGUGUAACCGAAUAUGCUGACCCUAUCCUGGGCCUGACCACUGUAGUAGUCCUGAUCGCUACAAGUUACCCCCUAAUGAAAGAAAGCGGGCUGAUUCUUUUACAGAGUGUCCCCCACCACAUCGACGUCAAGGAGCUGAAGAAACGUCUCAUGCUGAAAUUUCCAGCCAUUCUUAACAUACACGACUUACACGUGUGGCGACUGACCAGUGACCACGCGAUUGCUACUGUUCAUAUAAUUUUAAAUUCUCCCAAUGAUUACUUGAAUGUUGCCUAUCACAUGGAGAAGUUUUUUCAGAGACAAGGUAUAGCUUUUGUAACCGUGCAACCAGAAUUCUUCAAGCGUAAUGGAUUUCUUCAAAGUUCAGAGUGCAUUCUUCAAUGUUCUGAGUCGAAAACGUGCGGUGCUCUUACAUGCUGUGGUCAUUUACGCCAUACUUUCACAAAGCAGUUAGAAGCUAGACACAGAAAAAAGUCUGGAUCAUUUUGUGUUGAUGAUCCUGAAUUUAACGAUCCGAAUGUUACUAAUAUUCUUCCCUUAGUUCAUAAUAAGAUCAAUACGCAAAGAGUGUGUAAGGAGCUUGAAACUCACGAGGAAAGCACGAUGCUUACAUCUAAUCUUGAAAAAGACAACAACGCUUGUUGCGAAGAUUUCGGAGGAGAAUAUCACUUCAAAAACUUCGAGGAGAGUAAAGAAACUCGAGUUUGACAUUUGGAAACGAAUCGAGGAUUAAUACACCUCUUGUGUGAAACUUAGAAACAAAACGAGGAUUAAUACACCUCUUGUGUGAAACUUGGAAACGAAUCGAGGAUUAAUACACCUGUUGUGUGAAACUUAGAAACAAAACGAGGAUUAAUACACCUCUUGUGUGAAACUUAGAAACAAAACGAGGAUUAAUACACCUCUUGUGUGAAACUUGGAAACAAAUCGAGGAUUAAUACACCUCUUGUGUGAAACUUAGAAACAAAACGAAAUUCACGGAAGUCGUUUGUGACACAAAAAAGUGGAAACGAGAGUUAAAUAACUCGUGAGUGACACUUGUAUAAGGAGGGUUAAGUAACCCAUGUGUAACACUUGUGUGACAGCUGGAAGCUAAACGAGAAUUAAGAAACUUGGGAGCAAAACGAGGGUUAACUAACUUGUGUGUAUUCAUGAUGUUAGCAAAACACGUAGGUUCAAGAAGUCUUGAUAGAAAUGAAUAAAAACUUACAAACCGAGCGCUUUCGAAAGGUGGACCUGUCAUCUUCAGGAGCAAACUGAUUCCACCUUUCGAAAGCGCUCGGGUUACAGGGUUUUUACUCAUUUCUAAUUAGUUAUACUUGGAAGCGAAACAAUAGUGCAUAUAAUAUUGGAAAAUUACCGGAGGGUUUUAUACAAUUCCUCGACAUGUAUAAGUACUUUGACGAUUUUAAACAUAUUUAUAUAAAGUUUUAUGUGUUACAUAAGAAAUGUAUUAAUAAUAUACAAAUAAUCUAUUGUGAAAUGUCUUAAAAUAGCCAAAAUUAUUUUUAACAACACGAAAGAAGAAACAAAACAAGGGUUAAGUAAUUAGAGAAUGUUGACGACAUAUUUUUGUCAUCAGAAAAAAAAAGAGUUUGUAAGUAAGAAAUAGAGACGAAGCACAUAUAUAGCUAAAGAAAUGAAUAUUCAAACUAAUGAUGAUUAAACUAAUAAAGUAUAAUGUUUGUGAUUAUGCACUUAACUUAAGAAGAUGUAAGGUAGAGAGAUUAUUAUAAUAUAUGAUUUUUAUGUUGCAAAAUGAAAAAUUAUUUCUACUCUUUAAGUAGGCAUCAGACAUGUUAAUUGUUGUCUUUGUAGUUAGCAUGCAGGUUGUGGAUCAGAAGGUCCAAGGUUCGAGAUGCGAUAUGCUGCUGAAUAUGCUUCGCAAUUUCAGUUGUGGGCGCGUUAUAAAAGGGACAGUCAAUCCCACUAUUAUUGUAGGUGGAGAGAUAUGUUGACUGCUUAUAUAAUAGUGUAGGCGGAGAGUUAUGUUGACUGCUUGUCCUCGCUUUGGUCAACAGUUCCAAAUUACAGAUAGUUAUGCCUGAAUCUUGGAGUUUCUGAUCUGGCCGUUUAGGUAUGUGUCAUUUAGGUGCUGUUCAAAGUGAAAAUACCAAUUAUCAUUAAUUGUUCUUAUUUUAGUUAAUGAUCUGUUGAGGGUAUAUUUCAAAGGCAAAAUCCUCUUUAAUAUAAUAACCUCAGUUAUAUGUUAAGCAUGUAAGAAACAUUAAAAAAAGAAGAAGAAAAAAAACAUUCCGCAAUCUUGAGAAUUCCGUACAGCAGUUAACAGUAGUUGUUAAUUUCCUAAAAAAUAGUUAAUCGUAUAACUCUGAACAUAAAUUAUGGUUUACAGAAGCUAUUAAUUGACAGUUUGGAUCUUACGAGAAAGGCGUAGCAAUGAUUAUAAGUGGUUGUAGAAAAUAAUUUUGGGAUCGGUAUCAGGUAAAGUACAAGAUAGCUUACAGAAAUCUGUAAUUUCAGUUUUUAGCCGAGGCUUAGCGGCUCGAAUAAUGGCUCUGAGUUUUUUUUUUUUCAAGUACAAAUUUUUAGCUCAUAGCUCCAUCUCUUGACCGAUUUGAGAUCUAAUUACAACCGCGGCUAUUGAAGAUUCUCUAUUGUCUAAAAUAGAAUGUAUAAUUUUGUUGAAGUUUGAAAACAUCAAUUACCAUCAAUUAUCAUUAUUUCAGUCAAUGAUCUAUAGAGGGUGCUUUUCAAAGGCAACAUAUAUAUAUAUAUUUAUUUAAGGUCUGGAGCUUGAGACAUAUAUAGCGUAUUUAAAGCUGAAACCAUGAAAAAAUACAAACUUUUGUAACUCUGCUAGACAAAGUAAAAACAACUUUAUAAAUCUAGAGUCCGGAGUGUAAGUAACGUCAGGGGGCUCUGUAUAUUAAUAACCUCAUAUAAAACGUAUCUAUAGAUGUAGAGUCCGGAAUGUAAGUAACGUCAGGGGGUGAGGUUAUUGGUUUACAGAUUCUCAUUUAUACAAAAUAGACAAGGUAGAUGCAGCGUAGCCUGAGGUUAAUUCUUGGCGAUGGGCUUAAUACAAUAAAAUAGCGAGGGAAUUUUUGACUUGUGUUAUUUCCAUCACUGGUAUAAACUUAAUUGAUUCUGUAUCUUACAGACGAUAAAAAAGUAGAUACAGAUAUGGGUGCUUGUGUGAGAAGUUGUACAUUCUACUUUUGUAAAAAUGAAAGAUAGAAAAUCUUAGGUUUUCUUGUUUUUCGGAAUCAGCGAAUGUUUAAAGGAAGUUUGAUAGGCCAGGUGUGACGUAGUAAUUUGCCUGUCAUGGUCAGAGAUUCGAGAUGUAGUGCUGCUUAAUAUGCUCUGCACUUGCAAGCAAUCUCGGUAUUCGGCUUAAAAGAACUAAACAAAGUCCUUCUAACGUCAAUACAGCUGGUUGACUGCUUUUAUUCUGGUUGUUAGUUCAAAAUGUUGGACAGCGGUACCCGAAUCCCAAAAAAAUCUGGCCAUUUAGCCCACGUAUUGUAUACGGUGCUAUUAAUAUGCCCCCCAGUAGCACAGCGGCAUGUCUGCGGAUUUACAACGCUAGAAACCGGGUUUCGAUACCCGUGGUGGGCAGAGCACAGAUAGCCCAUUAUGCAGCUUUGUGCUUAAUUAAAAAAAAACAAAAAACAAAACAAGCUAUUAAUUUUAAAAAUUCAAGUUCUUAAUAACUCAAAGAAAAUUAUUACAUCUACAAGAACUUGUCAGUAAAACAUCUUGAAAACAAUUACGACAAGUGAAGUUGCGGCAAAGCAUGACAGACAAUUGCUUGAUAAAACUUUGAAGAAUGCAGUAAUUUAAUAGCAACACAUUCACAGUGUCUUUACUGCAUACAGCAUGGACAAUUAUGAACGGACGCACCGAAUAGAACACGUAGAUGAUGCUCUCCAUGAAGGCGGAUACUUGGAAAUGGCUGAUUUUGAAAAAACUUGAUGAAUGAUGAUUAGUUUUGUGGACUGAUGAAAGUUGGGUCACUAAGUUUCCAAAGUGAGAGCCAAUUACAAGUCAAUUAUAGCAAAUCCACAUCGGGCUAUCUACUGUGUCUACCGAGGGGAAUCGAACCCCUGAUUGUAGCGUUACAAAUUCGAAGACUUACCACUGUCCCACCGGGGGACACAGGUCUGGAGACAAGUACUUGAAAAACUUUCACUGUGAUUGUGUUGCGUCAACUUCGAAAGAUUGUGGGAAUUUACUAGACAAUAUUUGGGAUUAACUAUUUAUCACUUUUUGUAAUAAGUUAACAUAAAACAGACUACCUAAACGAAAAGAAGAAAAAGAAAAAAGCUGGUCCAAGUAUAAAUAAUGAAAUACGUUAAUUUACUAUCUGUAAUCUUUUACGAUGUAAAAUAAUAUGAAAAUGAAUAAAUUUAUAUAUAUAUAUAUAUUUGCCAGUGUAAUACUUAUUUUAUGUUAUCAACUAAGUUAAAAAGAUGUGCAUGAGCUUCAGAUUGUAUCUUACUGUAAUAGCGCCCCCAGUGACUCAGCGACGCUAAAAAUUGGGUUUCGAUGCCCGUUGUGGAAAUAUCACAGAUAAUCCGUUGUGUAGCUUUGUGCUUAACAAAAACCAAAUCUAUAAUAGCGUCAUUUUUUACUUAGCGAUGAAAAUGUUUUUUUUUUCAUUAAUGGUAGCUCCCAGUGGCUCAGGGUUCGAUUCCUGCAGUGGAUACUAGCAAUAGCAAAUUGUGCAGCUUUAUGCUUUAAAACAAGUAACAGUACAAAAUCCUUUUUUUCCCAACAAAACUAGGUUUAAUCAUAGUGUCCGAGGUCAAAGUUUAAUUGGUAAAUUAUUGAACAAAGGUUUUAUGAAAUUA